UUUUUAAUUUUCAUUUUAAUUCUUAAAUUCUUAAAGAAGUUGAAUAAUCGAUCACACCAAACGUUUGACUAUAAGAUAGUACUUUUUCCCCUUCGUUUUUUGGAUAGGAUGAUAGAGGAUCUUGGCAUGGGAGUGGGAGAAAACUCACAGCCGUACCAUACACAUUCUUCUGCCAGACAUAGAUUAGAUUCUUGCCAUUCUCUGUCACAAACCUAUAGAAGAGAAGGACUCAUUGGAUAGUUCUAGUGAUGCUAAUUCUUCUACUUUGUCUAGUAUGUUACUUCAUAAGGCCAAAGAAGAUAAAGAUGAAGCACUGAAAACAGAUCAAGAAGUACGAAAUUCUACUGAUGAUUCAAUGGUGAACAACCAGCAAAUUGUGUUAGCUGAAUCUCCUCUUCCUCCACCAUUGCCAAAGUCACCUUCUGAGUCCUGGCUCUGGAAGGCCCUGCCUUUAGUUUCUGCAAAGAAUUCGUUCCUGCAUUCGAAUCAGUCCAAUGCUAAAAGGCAAGAUUCAAAUACAGCAUCCAGCAAUAUUAUAAAGUGGGAAAACAAUAGUGAAAACUUCAAAUUUGCAUCAUGAUCAUGUACGAUAUUCUCAGAAUGGUUGCAGCAACAAGCAUUCUCUCGAGCAGGUGGAGGGAUCUGUGGCACUCAAUUCCCACAGUGGACCUCGAUGACGCACUCUUCCAGGAUAAGGAAGAACUGUUUGUUCGCAUCGCCUACGCAGUUAUGCUAUCGCGAGAUGUAACGCAACCCAUUCUCAAUUUCCGCCUCAAAUCUGAGUAUCCUUCAUGUCGUCAAUGUGAUGUAGAAUUGUGGCUCAACACCGCCAUUCAGCGUGAAGUUAAGAGGAUUGAGCUUCAUUCUCAGAUAAUAAGGUUGCCGAUUGGAAUUCUCACAUGUGCAAGCCUUGUUGUUCUCAAGUUGACAUUCUUAAAAGUUGACCGUGUUUUAACAGUACACUUACCGGCUCUUAAAACUUUGUAUUUGAUUUGGGUUGUAUUUGUAAAAGAUGAAUAUCUUGAUAUGAUUCUCUCAGGAUGCCCAAAUAUUGAGGACUUGCAAAUCAAUAGUUCUUCUUUUUUUGGGCUAGAAUUCAGUCCUCGUGCCAUCACUUUCCGUAAUCUAAUUCACAUGAAGCUCUCCGUGUAUGAAUGUAAAUGGAGGUUGCUAGUUGGACUGCUCAACUCCUGUCCCUUGCUUCAAAUUCUUGUCAUCAGAAAGGAGAAGAAAUCGGCAAGUGUAUUGGAUCGACUAAAUCGGCGUGACACACAAACCGUUCCUGGAUGCCUUUCAUCGCACCUAAGAGCCUGCACUAUAAAGAAUUUUCAUGGUGCUGAUGUUGAUAUUCAAUUUGCAAUAUAUAUUCUGCAAAAUGCAAAUGUGUUAAAGAAGAUGACCAUAUGUUGCUCGAGUUCCUCAAGAAAAGAAGAUAGGCUUGAAAUUUUAAAAAAGAUAUCCAAGGUUGCUAGGGUCUCGACAACUUGUGAACUCUUGUUUGAAUGAUAAUA